AUGUGCACCCAGGAGUGUCUGGUCCUCGGCCACUCUGACAACUGCUGGAUGCCCCCGAGUCUUGGCUCCUUCCAGUCGCCCAAGUCACCCGUCUCCACCUUCGCCCACGAGAAGGACUGGUCCAAAGACAAGCUCCUCAACGGCCAUACCCUCACCCGCAGCUGGAAGAACGACGGGGGCCGGGACCAGUUCGGCGGCGGUGAGCGCAAGCAGUUUGGCAGCUCGGAGGGACACUUCAACAGCAGCGCGCACAUGGCGGACAUCCCGCUGGCCAGCCUGAAGUCCUACCAGCCCACCUCUGCAACAUUUUGUCCUUAUGCCAACAGGCAGAAAUCUGAGGAGAAGCGUGGUGGGAGUGGAUCGCACAACUGGGGCAAUGUGAAGGAUGAAGCUAAUGAACAGGACGCGACGGCUACCAAUGAGGAAACCCAUGAAGGAGAGGAACAUGCGCCUGCUGACUCUGAAAAUAAGGAAAAUGAAGCGGAGGAAGUGAAGGAAGAGGGACCUAAGGAAAUGACCCUGGACGAGUGGAAGGCUAUGCAGAACAAGGAGCGCACCAAGGUGGAGUUCAACAUCCGCAAGCCCAACGAAGGCAACGACGGCCAAUGGAAGAAGGGAUACGUGCUGCACAAGUCCAAGAGCGAGGAUGUCGCCGUG